AUGAGUACAACUUCCAGUCCUACAACUACGUCUGACAAAGAGACUCAGGCUAAGAUAUUAAGCCAAGUUGAAUUUUACUUUUCGGACUCGAACUUGUUGAAUGAUCGAUUCUUGUUCACUACCCAGCAAGCUAAUGACGGCUGGGUCCCGAUUUCUGUGCUUUCUCAAUUCCAGAGAAUGAAGAAAUAUAGACCUAUAGAACUUAUUGUGGAGGCUUUGCGUUCGUCCGAUGAUUUCUUGGAAGUUAGCGAGGAUGGUGAAAUGGUUAGAAGAAAGAUUCCACUUCCAACGGACCAGAACCAAGUUCAACUCAACAUUGCCAAGCGAUCCGUUGUGGCCGAUCCAUUUCCUAUUGAGGCUAGUUUGGAUCAACUUUUGGACUUUUUCAACAAGAUUGCACCUAUCAAUCAAGUUAGAAUGAAGAGAAAAAACAAAGAAUUUACCGGAUCUGUUAUUGUAGAGUUCAAAAAGGAGGAGGAUGCUGUCAAGCUAGUGGAAGCAGAACUAAAACCGAAGUUUGGAGAUAAGGAGUUGAAGAUCAUAAGCAAAGUUGCUUACGAUGAGUCCAAAGCACAGAGCUUCGGCCAAAGAAGAGGUGGUAAAGGUAGAGGAAAAAAGGGUAGAAAUCAUAAGCAUGAUGAUAGAAAGAGAGACGAGUCUCCAAAGAGAGAGGAGAAGAAAGAUUCGUCCUACAGAGAAAGAGAGGAUAAGGAGCCUAAAGAGGAGGCCAAGGAGAAGUCUAAGGAUGAGUCUAAGGAUGAGUCUAAGGAUGAGUCCAAGGAGGAGGCCAAGGAGGAGUCUAAGGAGGAGUCUAAGGAGGAGUCUAAGGAGACUUCUGCAUCUGACAAAAAGUAA